UCUCCGAUUAACAGUUAAAAAUAUUCAUUAUGGGGGGCUUUAGGGCUACAGGUUAUCUUCUUCUAAGCUUGAUGAUAUGCCAACAUAAACCGGUAUUGGGAAGCAAGAUUUUGGUCGCUGCUACCUCUGGAAUGUCCAGUCACAUGAUUUCUGCGUUGGAGAUUGCUAAGACUUUGUCCGCACGAGGAAAUAGAGUCUGGGUCAUUAUCGAAGAGGAGACCUACAACACAUACGUGCAUGGCCGUAUAGAAAUCCCCGAUCAGAUUAGAAUCGUCUUCUUUAAGCUUAUGUCUGUGUCCCACAAGGACGGAGACAUUUACCUUCGGCGAUACAUUUUUAAGCAGUUACGGGACAGCCAGGCCAACUCGGCCCUGCAGUAUCGUACUGAAGCCGAGGAUCGCGAGAUAGAAAAGCGCCUCGGUGGCAAAAAGGGUGACGUCUUCAAAGCGUCGAGUUUCGUCAUCGACGACAUGCUUGGAAACAAGGAAGUUAUCGAGAAUCUAAAGACAGUAGGAUUUGACAUGAUAAUCGGUGAUGUGGUGUCUUUGUACCAUGUAUUUCUCAGCCAAGUUCUCAAGGUGCCGUGCAUUCAAUUUGGCUUGACAUCUAUGGUACCAUCGCAGCAUGACCGCUUUGCUUUCAACCCAAGUUAUUCAGCCUACAUGCCUGAACGUCUGAGCUCGCUCACCGAUGUCAUGACUUUCCGAGAACGCACAACAAACACCCUCUUAUACUUGGUCACGGGAUACUUCUAUUAUCAUUACAUGCUGACACCAAUGGACGCUGUUUUGCGCAAGCGCAACAUCAGACCAGAUGCCAACUUUGGCCAGCUCCUCUCCGAAGUGGCCAUGUGGAUUUUCAACUCCGAUUUUGUGUUUGACUUCCCCCGACCCUUGAGUCCACACGUCAAGUUCGUCGGCGGUGUCCUUACGGGUCCUUCAAAAUCACUUGAUGAGACACGCCAGUCUGUCAAUUCCAAACUCCCUGACGUGACUGAGAUUACUAGUGCGUAA